GAGAACAGCCACCAGCAAGGGAAGAGGAGAGAGAGGAGAAGGAAAUCCCUGAAAGCCUCCUCCAUCGAGAGCCUGCGAAACCCUAGGGGAGAGAGAGAGAGGGGAAGGAAAGAUGAGCGGCACGGCGAAGAAGGCGACGGACGUGGCGUUCAAGGCGUCGAGGAACAUCGACUGGGACGGCAUGGCGAAGCUCCUCGUCUCCGACGAGGCCCGCAAGGAGUUCGCCAACCUCCGCCGCGCGUUCAACGAGGUCAACUCCCAGCUCCAGACCAAGUUCAGCCAGGAACCUGAACCCAUUGACUGGGAAUAUUAUAGAAAAGGAAUUGGGCCUCGCUUGGUGGAUAUGUACAAAGAGGCUUAUGACAGCAUAGAGAUCCCCAAGUUUGUGGACACAGUCACCCCUCAAUACAAGCCAAAGUUUGAUGCGCUGUUGGUGGAACUGAAAGAGGCAGAGCAGAUGUCCCUCAAGGAGUCCGAGCGACUGGAAAAGGAAAUCGCAGAUGUGCAAGAGUUGAAGAAAAAGAUCAGCACCAUGACUGCCGAUGAAUACUUUGAAAAGCAUCCUGAGCUGAAGAAGAAGUUUGAUGAUGAGAUCCGCAAUGACUACUGGGGAUAUUGAUGAAAAAAUGUGCAGAUCAAUGCCGGUUCCUUACAGGUUGGCCAGAGUUAUUGAAGAUUGUGUUCUGCCUGUUUGAUUUAAAAUAAAAUUGAGAGAACUCUUUUCUUCUCUAUCUUCUUGCUUUGGGUUUGAGGAAUUAUGACCUCGCAACGACUUCAAUGCUGGAAAAACUUGAGUUUUCAUGUGAAGCAAUAGAUGUCCGUUUUCCCCAAUAAUAGCCACUCCUUUUUGCUGUGAAAAUGGCGGUAUACCAGGCGGUAUCAUUCCUUAAACUAUUUCUAUCCACAGUUAGUGGAGUCGAGGCUUUAAGUUUAGAGUAUGGCCUGCAUUUUUCCUUAUAUUCGUAGUUUGACACUACUUUAAUACCUGAUUCUUCUUGUGCUACUAGAAUAUGCUAACCAAUGGCUUUUGCCAUGGUGGAUCUGCCAUGAACUUCCAUUAAAA